AUGAAGAUCUCAAUGCUUUUCGGCCUUCCUCUCCUGGCUUUGGCGUCUGCCGUUGCCAUUCCAAACGAAAUGGAGGAGAGAGCUAAAUGCUCACUUACUGCCAAAUGGCGUGAUCAGUGGACUGAAAAGGCGUUGACGAGAUAUCGAGUCAAGUUCUCAACCGUUGGAGUUGAGCCUCAGACCUUUUGCGACUCCUUCUAUAAAGGUACUGCCCAUUGUUUCUCGGCAGUUUCCAACCUCCAGUGCGGGUUCGACAGUGGAGUGGAUGGCGGAAGUUGGCGUGUCGACUUCAGCGCUGGUCAAGGAACUCUCGGCCACAAUCAGUAUGUGAACUGUAUGCAGGAGGCUGCGAAUCAAUGGCGAGCAGAUCAUCCGUGCGAUGUUUUCAGCUCCUGGUAA